UUUCAAAUUUUUAAUGAAAUUGCAAAACUGUAGUUAUAUUAUCACUAAAAUUAUUAGGGAAAAGUCAUAUUUAUUAGUCGAUGAAUUUUAUAUAAAAAAUCAUUUGUUCAUUACCAGUCGAUAUCGAUUAAUUAAAAGAACAAUGUCAUCAUCGAAUUCAGAAAAUCGUAGUAUUCAUUCGGCACAGAUAAAUGAAAUUCAUGAUGUACCAAUGUCGGUCAUACAUCGACCAAUACCGCCAGUUUUGGAUGAAAAUAAAGUUCAAAGUUUGAUGCAAACGUUUAAGGACAAUCCUGAACAAAUACCACCGAUCGAUGUAUUAUGGAUCAAAGGACGUAAUGGUGGUGAUCAUUAUUUUUCAUUUGGUGGCUGUCAUCGUUUUGAUGCUGCAAAACGUCUUGGUCUACAAACAAUACGAUCCAAAUUGGUAAAAUCAACUGCCGAUGAUCUUCGUAUCUACAUGGGUUCAUCAACACCAGAUUUACAAUGAUUAGGUUGAAAAUUCAGUAAUCAGUUUUGUUUAUUUUUGUUUUUACAAUUUUUGUUGUACCAAAAAUUUCCUUUCAUUGAGAUCCUAAAUGCAAUGGAAUAAAUUUCAUUUUCAAAGCCCA